AAAGAGAUGUGAAUGGUCAUAAUGAUGAGUAACGAAAUUGGUUCUCAUUAUCUUGUGCGGAAUCAGGUGUAAAUUAAGCAAAGUUUAAAGAAGCUGCUAUAAAGCUGACUCCAAAUGCUUCAUACAUUGAUAACCCACCAAGGAACCCGCAGGAAAGCCACAUAGCUUAUUGAUCUGAGAGAGAAAGCAAUGGAAAGGGGUAGAAGGGAAGAGGAAAAUCCCAAAUUAGUUGACCCCAGAAUGGAAGAACCACAGACAUUUGCUUUACUUGGAAAAUGGGACUACUUCCUGAACUACUUCCGGCAGAAAGCUGCCGCCGAUGAUCUGAUUAAGCCCUUCAAUUUGGCCGGAAACACUGCCAUUCACAUCGCGGCUCGAUCCGACAACCCCGACCUCCUCCGGAAGCUGCUGGACAUGCUUGAAAAAGCCUCCAUUGAUCAUCGCCGGGAAGCCUUGAGGGAGGUGAAUGCUCACAAGAACACACUUCUUCACCAAGUUGCCUUGUGCGAGGAAGUGGAGAUGGUGGACCUCGUGCUGAAGUACGAGAAGGACAAGAAUCUGGCGAAGCCUGAUGAUGAGAAUCUGUUGGAGCUGCGCAACGACCUCGGCGAGACGCCGGUGUAUCGGGCCGCCAAGUACGGCAGGCUGAGGAUGCUGAAGCGCAUGGCGCAACAUGUAGAGAAUAUGGAACCACACUUCCACCGAACCUCAGACUUCACUUCUAUCCUUCACAUUGCCAUAAUUGGCCAGCAUUUUGAUGUAGCCAAGUGGUUAUCAAAAAAGGAAGGCAUUGAGAAAGUAGCAUCUGCAUAUGAAGGCAUUAAGGAGAAAGGAUUGAGCUGUCUUCAACUGCUAUCGAGAAUGCCUUCAGCUUUCAAGAGCUAUAAUUCUCAGGCAGGAUUUGUACACAACCUCAUUUAUGUUUGUCUUCCCAACAAAGGUUAUGAUGAAGAAGAAGAUGAUGAUGAUGGGUUUAUUAGAGAGAACGGAGAUAUAGAAAGCGAGAAGGGAGAUAUAGAAAGCGGAAAAAACAAGGCCAAGAAAACCAUCUCACCAUCUCUAGCAGUUUCUCCCAUUAUCUAUUAUGCCAUCUGGAAACUUGUGGCCAAAGAAUGGGAUAGUGUGAAAGAAAUUUGGAAGAGAAAGAAGAAGAACAAGCAAGCAAAGGAGGUAGCUGACUUCUUAGUGAGCAUAGACAACUCAUGGACGGAGACGAAACAUGGGAGUCCACGAAGAGAAGUUGUCCUGCCGGUGAUCCAGCCCAAGAACGUUGCUGCAACGAGGAAGGCCUGCCUGGAACCCCUUAGGUGUAAGAACUACACGCCAUUGCUGCUAGCAGCGAGCACCGGCAUCAUCGAAAUCGUCGAGAAAAUCAUCGAAUCUCAUCCCGACGCCGUCUCCCAUGUCAGCCAACAUGAUGAAGAGAACGUCCUGCACGUCGCCGUCAAGCACCGUCAGAAGAACAUCUAUAAGCAUCUCAAGGAAUACAAAGUCCUCAAAGGCUUGGCCUUUCAUAUAGCCACUGAUAAUCGCACUCUUUUGCACCAAGUUGCGAGGAUGGACUAUUAUUGUGAUGGAGGAAACCACCCUGGUGUUGUCUUCCAACUUCAGGAGGAGCUCCGUUGGUUCGAAAGAGUGAAGAAGAUAGUUCCUUGUCAUUAUCAGUUGUUUUGCAACAAGGAUAAUUUAACAGCAAGAGAGCUUUUUGAUUUAGAGCACUCAGAAAUGCUGAAGGAAGCCCGAGAGUGGAUCAAGGGGACGGCUCAGUCAUGCUCGGCAGCGUCCGUUCUGGUGGCCACCGUGGUCUUUGCCGCAGGCUACUCGGUUCCCGGCGGCACCAAUGAGCUCGGCAUUCCAAACCUCCUGAACUUUCCUCUCUUCCAGUUCUUCACCGUCAUGGACGUUGUGGGGCAGGCCAGUUCACUAGUCUCAGUGAUGUUGUUCCUUUCGAUCCUUACGUCGCCGUUUCAGAUGCAAGAGUUCUACAAGUCUCUUCCCAGAAAACUCACGAUGGGAUUCACCUUCUUGUUCAUCUCCUUGAUCAGCACGGUGCUGGCUUUUGUAUCAACAAUAUUGCUGACCACUGGGACGGGGGAAGACGAGAAAUGGCGUUCCCGUUUGACUUACAGUAUUACGUUCGUCCCUGUGACUCUAUUUGGAUUGACUCAAUUUCCCAUUAUGAUGGCCGUUAAGUACGGGAUGAAGAGGGUAUGGAAGAAUCUCAAGAAGAUGGUUCCAAAGGACAUGAUUACUAAAAUGUCCACAAAGCCCACCUGCAAAAGAGAUUAUUCAAAAUACUUAUAA